AUCGCCAUGAUGUGCGCUCUCUGACCAAAAAUAAGCACUCAGUAGUAAAUUCGCAACCGUUCAUGAAACAUGCAGAGAUUACUGAUCUGCCUGACCCUUUCUACGUGCCUGUGCAUCAGCGUCUGGGCAACGGACGGUGUAAAGGGCGGACAUCGGCCACGCUAUCCUACAAGCGGAAGUCAUGUCGGUACCAACACUUCGCAAAGCGGUCUUUGCUAUAAAACGGUGCCAUACAGCCAUGUUUUAGCUUUGAACUCCAGCGGAUCGCCGUACAAUACCAUUCCUCAACCGCCUGGAGGCAGCUCUCACAACGAGCAUGGCUUGAUCACCAUCCUGGACUGUUGCGAUGGCUACCAGCGCAACGUGACAAGCGGUCUGUGCGAGCCGCACUGCGAUCUCGGCUGUUUCGGGGGUCGCUGCACAGGGCCGAACAUUUGCAGCUGCCCGUCGGGAUGGCGCGCCGAGGACGGCGUCUGCAAGCCCGUCUGCUCGUACCAGUGUCAGGAGAACGCCUAUUGCUUCACGCCCGAGGUAUGCGUGUGCAAAUUGGGCUACGACGAAAUCAACGGCCAGUGCAAGCCGAUCUGCCCCGACGGAUGCGGGAACGGCGAGUGCGUGGCGCCGCGCGUCUGCAGAUGCAGAUCCGGAUACACUCUGAAUGAAUACAGGGAGUGCAUACCCGCUUGCGAGGGCGGUUGCGCGCACGGUGAAUGCAGCGGACCGGGUGUAUGCACCUGUCACGAAGGAUACAUCAACCCUCCCGGCGAUCGCGAGUCCUGCGUUCCUCACUGCCCGAGCGGCUGCAACGGCGGUGACUGCGUCUCGCCGAACGUUUGCAGAUGCAGACCUGGUUUCACGCGCGAUCACGCGAGAGGCUGCGCGCCGGAUUGUCCAAGCGGUUGCGACGAUGGCCAGUGCGUCGCGCCCGGUGUUUGUAGCUGCAGACCCGGGUACACGCGGGACCGUUACAGCGGCAGAUGCGUCCCGACUGGCGUCCCGAGCUCGUCACAGUGCGGACACGGGCACAUCGAUCCCGACACCGGUAGGUGCAUCCCGGCGCCGCGGCCCUCCAUCCCGGGCUCAUCGCAAUGCGGACACGGAUACACCGUCGAUCCCGACACCGGCAGAUGUAUCCUGGCGCCGAGGCCUCCCUCCAACCCGGAUGGAACAGGAUGCGCGCACGGAUACGCCUUGGAUCCCGAUACCGGUAGAUGUGUCCGCGUGCCGACGAUUCCGAGCUUCCCGUCGCAAUCCAACGACUGCAGGUACGGCUGCGGGCCGAACGGCAUCUGCGUCGGACCCAAUCGCUGCACCUGCCAACCGGGAUUCGCUAUCGAACCGGACACCGGUAGAUGCGUUUCAAUAACGUCCCACAACGCGACGUCCUCGCAGUGCAGAUACGGCUGCGGCCCGAACGGUCGGUGCAUCGCACCGAACGUGUGCGCCUGCGAGCCCGGAUUCCACGUCGAUCCCGAUACCGGAAGGUGCGUCCGACACGAGGGAGACGGCACGGACGCGAACUCGUGUCAGCAUCCGUGUCUGAACGGCCAAUGCACCGGGCCGAAUCAGUGCACCUGCAAUAGCGGAUACACGUACGACGAGCAUGACGUCACGCGCACCAAAUGCGUGCCGGUGUGCGUGGGUGGAUGCUUGAACGGCGUAUGUACCUUACCGAAUUAUUGCAUAUGCAAUCCCGGAUAUAGGAAGGCGCAUGUCAAAGGUGGCCGGCCGAGGUGUGUCCCGCAGGAAAAACAUAAUUUAACAUAUUUAGCAAUCAUGAAGUUUUCUCAUGUUAUAUUAAUUCUUGCGGUUCUACGAAACGGGUUAAUUAUUGAAAUUCUGGGAGAUGUAUACCGCAUGAGAGGUAUACCGACCUGGGACAUAGGAAAUUGUAGUAUAAUAGCCAGUUUUUCACAAUCCCGAUUAGUUUCGUAUUUAGAAACAUAUCAAGAACGAACAUGGGGCUUUUAUUAUAGAACCAAGUUUCGAAGAAAUUAUAGAACCGAGUAUCACACAGAAUAUCAUGUAAUACAGCAUCGGUGCUGCAUCGGAUAUGAAAUGAAUAUCUCUGGUGACAAAUGUGAGCCAAUUUGUACGCCUCAUUGUGGAAAGGGUAAAUGUAUCGAAAUAAACAGAUGCUUAUGUGAUAUCGGCUACACUUUUCAAAGAAAUAUAGUUAGUGAUUCAGCCUGUGUCCCUAAGUGCGAUAACUCUUGCGUGCGCGGCAAAUGUACUGCACCCAAUACUUGCACAUGUGACAAUGGAUACUCCUUGAGUACCGACGAAUACACCUGUGACCCCAUCUGUCAUCCACCUUGCAGUGAAAAUUCAUAUUGCUCUAAACCCGAUAACUGUACUUGCAACAAUGGCUACUUCUUAACAAGCACGAACGAGUGCGAACCAAUUUGCAGCGAAGCUUGCGUCAAUGGCAUCUGUGUCGCUCCUGAAAUCUGUAGCUGCUUCGAGGGUUACGCAUUUCUUGGGAACUCAAAAUACAUCUGCGAGCCGGUCUGCGAGAAAGCUUGCCACAAUGGGAAAUGCACUGAACCUAGCGUAUGCACAUGCAACGAAGGAUUCCGAUUAAUCGGCGACGAAUGGCCGAAACACAUCUGUACGCCUUACUGCGAAACUUCUUGCGAACCCUUUGGCAAAUGCACUGCACCGAAUGUCUGCACUUGUUACGAAGGAUAUCAGUUGGCUAAUACGACGCAGACUGAGCAAAACAGUAUGAAAGAUUUUGCUGAUAACUCGGUGUGCAAACCAAUUUGCCUGACAGCAUGUGUGAAUGCAUUCUGCAGCGCUCCCAAUACGUGCACUUGCAACGACAAUUAUGAUCAGUCAGAUAACGAUCCUACCGUUUGCGAACCGAUUUGUAGCCAUAAUUGCGUCAACAGCUUCUGUAGUGCACCCGAAACUUGUACAUGUAAUAAGGGCUACAAACAUUCCAGUUCCAACAACAUAUGCGACCCAUUUUGCAAAACUGAUUGCAUCAACGGGCAUUGCAGCGCGCCAGACAAAUGCACUUGUAAUUUCGGCUAUCGACCAACUGAUGGCAACUACACGAACAUCUGCGAGCCCAUUUGUAAUCCGAGUUGCAAAAACGGUAUCUGUGUCCAGCCCGACGUGUGCAAUUGCGACCUGGGCUAUCGUCAAUCGACACACUUUACAAACGUGUGCGAUCCUGUUUGUCACUCAGCUUGCGAAACAAACGGAAUCUGCGAGGCACCCGAUUUGUGCGUUUGCAAGAAUGGGUAUCGUAUGGUAUAUUACGACGAGGAAAACAUUCCGUUUCAAUGCGAGCCAAUCUGCAGUGUCGAAUGUGGCAAUGGCACAUGCACGGCGCCAGAUAUCUGUACGUGCUCCGACGGUUAUCAAAACGCAAAAACGGGCACAUGCGAGCCGAUCUGUUCAAUAUGCGACAAUGGCACGUGCGUUGCACCGGAAGUUUGCGAAUGCAAUGACGGGUUUUCCCUUGAAGAUAUGAAUGUUAAAAUCUGGGAAUAUCAAUCCGCUUCCGAGAAUAAACCGCAAAACGGAAGCAGAUGCUUGCCGUAUUGCGAAAGUUGCGAUAACGGCGAUUGCGUGGCACCCAACGAGUGCCGAUGUAACGCUGGUUUUGUGCAAAUAGAAGGUGCCUGCGUGCACGCGUGUCAAGGUGGUUGCGGCAGCCACGGCGAGUGCAUUGAUAAACUUAUGGCGUGCGAAUGCAAUUACGGAUGGUCCGGACUGCAUUGCGAUCAACCAACUUUAUGUGUUUUAACAUUGAGUGACGACGGAAAUCGCACAGAGCCAUUAACAAUCAUUGAGGAACAGAAUGCUACGAUUGAGUAUGUUCUAAUAAAUAAUCCAACAUGUUCUGAAUGUAUCAAUGAAAUAAACAACGAAACUGCGUGCUUUAAAAUAUACAUCAACAGCACGGAGGAUGAAACACAAAUUGGUUGUUUAAUGGAUAGAGUAAAAUGCCUCGCAUUAAGAAGUCAAUAUAAAUUUAAGUGGAAAAAAAUUCUCAAAGUAAGUGGAAUCAUAGGUGGUCCUAUAAUAUUGCUGUCAUGUUGUAUGGCAAUAGCAACAUAUGUGAUACUACGAAAACGUCAAAAUAGAGAGAUAAAUUUAGGUAAUGCACAGACAGAGCACAGACAUGGCGCAUCAAUGCAAGAACUAAUUGAACAGAGUGAAAGUAAUUCUUAAUAUAAAAAUUACCAUAAAAUUUUAAUACAUAAUUUUCAAACUUUGUGCAAU